GAAUUCUUGAAAGGAUACCAGUAGCAUCGGCCCCCAGAAGGACCAACUUUCCACUCGAAGCAAAUUAAAAGAAAAGAACUCAGCCAAGCUGGAGGAGGAGGACAAAAAGCGGCAAAAUCAAUAGUGCCGAAGAAGUGUGGCCAAAGUGCUGAGUAAUGUGGAGUAAUGGAGACCUUUUUGCUGGCGGCGGCAACAUGAUGUGAAACAUGGCAAUCGAAUCAGCCAAAGCCAUUUAGGGUCAUCAAUUGCCAGGGUCGUGGAAAAUCGGCAGCAGGAGCUCCGCACGAAGCCAUAUGCACCGCAGCAUGGAGAGCAGGAGGAGCAGGACCCCGAGGGCUCUGCCAGUCUGCUGGAUUCUGGUGUGCCUGGUGGCCUGGACUUUGGCGGAUGACUGGUCCCUGAGCUGCGCCUCCAACUGCACCUGCAAGUGGACCAACGGCAAGAAGUCGGCCAUCUGCAGCUCCCUGCAGCUGACCACCAUUCCGAACACCCUGAGCACGGAGCUCCAGGUGCUGGUGCUGAACGACAACCACAUUCCGUAUCUCAACCGGGAGGAGUUCUCCACUUUGGGGCUGCUCAAUCUGCAGCGCAUUUACCUCAAGAAGUCCGAGGUGCAGUACAUACACAAGGAGUCCUUUCGCAAUCUGAAGAUCCUGGUGGAGAUCGAUCUGUCGGACAACAAGCUGGAGAUGCUCGACAAGGACACCUUCAUGGGAAACGAUCGCCUGAGGAUACUCUACCUGAAUGGGAAUCCCCUCAAGCGGCUGGCUGCCUAUCAGUUUCCCAUUCUGCCCCACCUGCGCACCUUGGACAUGCACGACUGCCUGAUCUCGUACAUAGAUCCCAUGUCCCUGGCCAACCUCAAUCUGCUGGAGUUCCUCAACCUGAAGAACAACCUGCUGGAGAGCCUCAGCGAGUAUGUGUUCCAGCACAUGGCCAACUUGAAGACGCUCUCCCUGGAGGAGAAUCCCUGGCAGUGCAACUGCAAGCUGCGAAAGUUCCGCGGCUGGUAUGUCAACAGCCGCCUGAGUUCCGUGAGUCUGGUGUGCAAGGGUCCGCCUGCCCAGAAGGAUCGCUCUUGGGACAGCGUGGACGACGACCUCUUUGGCUGCCCUCCGCGGGUGGAGAUCUUCAACAACGAAGAGGUGCAGAACAUCGAUAUCGGAAGCAAUACCACCUUCAGCUGCCUGGUGUAUGGGGAUCCCUUGCCGGAGGUGGCCUGGGAGCUGAAUGGAAAGAUCCUGGACAAUGACAACGUGCUCUUCGACUCGGAGAGCAUCUCCUCGGACAAGCUGUGGAGCAACCUGACCGUCUUUAACGUGACCAGCCUGGAUGCAGGAACCUACGCCUGCACGGGCUCGAAUUCCAUCGGCAGUAUGACCCAGAACAUCAGCAUCUACCUCAGCGAGAUCGUUCAGCAUGUGCUGGAGAAAACACCCGAGACCUUCUGGUAUUUCGGCCUCAUCAUGGGCAUCUUUGGCACCGUCUUCCUGCUGAUCUCCAUCUCGUUUGUGGUCUGUCUGUGCAAACGCACCACCCGCCAGCAUCGUCAUGCCAACAAGGCGGGCGUGAAGUCCAGUGUUAGCUUCAAUGAUCAGGAGAAGAAACUGCUGGACUCGAGUGUCAACACCACCAAUGACCGAGGUGACAGCUAUGGCAUCGACAACCAGCCCACUUCCAUUGGCAUGAACAAGGCGGACUCGGCCGGAAUGGGUUUCAACCAGAUAGAGAUCCAUGCGGUGGACAGUCACCGCCACGGGAGUAUGUUGGUGCAGCAACAGCCUCAGCAGCAACAGAUACAAGGAGGUCCGGGAAUGCGACAGCAGCUGAUGCAGGUGAAGGAUCCGACCUGCGGCAUGAUGAGUGUGCCCACCUCGAUGGCUGGCCACACCCACUCGCAUCCCUCCCAGAUCUCCGAGGAGUUCCCGCUGAACGUGGGCGUCUUUCCACCGCCGCCAGAGUUCUGCUCGAACAUAGUCCCGAAUCCCGCUUUCGGGGGCAAUAUCUUCAUCCGGGUAUCUGUCACACAAGACAUGCUGGAUGGUGCGGACUUGAACAUGUAUCAUCUGCUGAACAUUCCCAAGAGGAUGCAGGACGUGCAAGAGAGUGGUGCUGGCACAGUGGCCGUGCCAGAGGGUCAGUUUGCCACUCUGCCGAGACAUACAGCCAAGGGUAUUCUCAAGAAGGACACCUCC